AUGGAUCACGCGCCGCCGGGCUUCCGCUUCACGCCGACGCCGGAGGAGCUCAUCAACUUCUACCUCGAUCUCUGGGUCGCCGACCCGGGAAAGACGCCGGUCUUCGAGCGCCAGGGCAUCGUCUGCGUCGCGGACAUCUACGGCGAGGACCCGGCCGCCCUCACGUCGCGGCACCGGCGCUUCGGCCACGACGACGGCAACUGGUACUUCCUCUGCGUCACGCGCUGGAAGGGCGCCGUAGGCGGCCGGGCCAGCCGUACCGUCCGGGGCGGCGGCACAUGGCACGGGUACGGCAAGCGGGUCACCGUCGCCGGGGCCGGGCACCGGCAGGCCUUCGAGUACCUCGACGCGCGCGGACGCAAGACCACCUGCCUCAUGGAGGAGUUCGGGACCGUGCUGCCGGCGGCCACCGAGGGCGCCGGCGUCAGGGUGCUCUGCAGGGUGCACCAAACGACAAGGACGGCGGCGGAUGGCGAGGAGGUGGAGCGCGGGGAGUCUAGCAAGGCCGCCCGGUCUUCUAAGAGGCGGCGCCGCCGGGAGCACGACAUGCCCGCAGAUGCAAAGGAUGAGCUCACGUCAUUGGAGAUGUUUGCGAUGGAGGAGGAGAAGCCGGAGCCAUUGGAGCACAUCUUCACCAAGGACGAACCAGAGUCACGGGAGAUGCUUGCCAUGGAGGACGAAGCAGAGCCAUGGGAGUUGAUUACCAUGGAGGACGAACUAGAGCCACUGCAGAUGCUUACCAACAACGUGACAUCUCCACAGGAGAUGCUUACCAACAACCUGACAUGGCCGUUGGAGAUGCUAACCAACAGCCUGCCAUGGCCACUAGAGAUGCUCACCAACAAGUUGACAUGUCCAUUGGAGAUGCUUACUAACAACUUGGCAUCUCCAUUGGAGACCCUUACCAAGAACUUGCCAGAGCCAGUGGAGACCUUUGCCAAGAACGACUUGCCAUCUCCAUUGGAGAUCCUCACUAAGAACUUGCCAGAGCCGUUGGAGAACCUUACCAAAGAAGACGAGCCAGAGCCAUUGGAUGCAGAGGAACCCACCAGGAUGACGACGACGACCUUUGAUCAAGACUCCGGCGCAGCGAACAAAGAAGCUAUCCCUAACGCAGAGAUGGAGAUGCCGGCCGAUGCGGAGUGGAACUACCCGGAACUGUUCGAGCAGCGAGAGCCUCCGCCCAUGGAAGACAUCAUGAAGCCUCUGCCAGCACCGACGGUCCAAGAAUUUGAGCAAGGAGCCCCUCCGGCGGCGGUCCAAGAAUUCGGCGGCGCUGCUUGGGGUUGGGGAGGCCAUGGCCGGCGCUGCUUGGUGAGGCCUAUAUCGUUAGCUUGGAUACUACCUUGUUUUUGA